GGCAGCGUAAAUUGAGAGAGCAUAACUUCUAUAUACUGUUCUUCUGAGCGAGAAGAAGUAAUGAUGGCAAACAAGAGGUUAUCCAAUUUCCUUUUCAGAUUUCUUCCUAUUUUAGCUCUUGCAAUUCUGGUUCAUUGUCAGGAUCAAUCAGGAUUCAUUAGCAUCGAUUGUGGUUUGCCAGCAAAUUCUAGCUAUACUGAUGCAACAACAGGCCUAAAUUACGUUUCAGAUGCAGCAUUCAUCGACACUGGGAUAAUUAAUAACUUGGCACCUGGAUUAAAUACAAGUAGCAUCGACCGCCAGCAAUUGUCUGUUAGGAGCUUUCCUGAAGGUGACAGAAAUUGUUAUCAGGUAGAACUUACUAGAGGCACUAAAUAUUUUAUCAGAGCUAUCUUCCUGUAUAGAAAUUACGAUGGCUUGAGUAAGCUACCACAUUUUGAUCUGCAUCUAGGACCCAACAAAUGGAUUACAGUGAAAAUCCUCAAUGCAACCAUUCCUGUUAUCACAGAAAUCAUAUAUACACCUAUAUUGAACUAUAUUCAUGUCUGUCUUGUCAAUACUGGCCUUGGAACACCUUUCAUAUCAGCGCUAGAGUUGAGGCCCUUGAAAAAUACCACAUACGAAAUUCGAUCUGAAGGAGCGCUGGCGAAAUUCGCGCGGUUGGAUUUUGGUUCUGUAACAAAUAAAACAGUCAGGUAUCCCGAUGAUGUCUAUGACCGUAUCUGGACUCCUGAUCACUACUACAAAUGGACAGAUUUGAGUACUCCAGAGACCAUUGACGCUCAAUUUCACAAUGAUUUCCAGCCACCGUCCAUUGUUAUGAGGACUGCGAACGUACCAACCAAUGCUAGUGAAGACAUGCAGUUCUUUAUAGACAAUGAAGAUACUUCACUCCAAUUUUAUUUCUACAUGCACUUUGCUGAAAUUGUAAAGCUUGAAGCUAACCAGUCUCGUCAAUUCAACAUUUCUCUGAAUGGAACAAUUUUUUUUGGACCUGUUAUUCCUGAUUACUUGUAUACAAGUAGUGUGUAUAAUGGCUUACCCAUUAAUGCGGGAAGUAAUGUCUUCUCACUCUUUAAAAUCGGAGGUUCGACCUUGCCACCCCUCCUCAACGCGAUUGAGAUUUAUUUCUUUGUUGACCUCUCACAGUCACAAACAGAUCAAGACGAUGUUGAUGCUAUCACGAAAAUCAAGUCAACAUAUGGAAUUACAAGAAACUGGCAAGGAGAUGCAUGUGCUCCUCAAGCUUAUGUGUGGCAGGGCCUGAAUUGCAGCUACAGUGAUAAUGAUCCACCUAAAAUUACUUCCUUGAAUUUAUCCUCGAGCGGGUUGACAGGGGAGAUAGUUUCUGAUAUAGCCAAUCUGAAAUCACUAGAAUUUCUGGACUUGUCAAACAAUAGUUUGUCUGGCCCAGUGCCUGAUUUUCUAUCUCAGAUGCCAUCCUUGAAAGUCUUAAACUUGACAGGAAACAAGCUCACAGGUAGAAUUCCAGUUGACCUCUUUGAAAGAACGCAAAAAGGUUCACUGCUGCUAAGUGUCAGUGGAAACCCAGAACUCUGUCCAUCAGUUUCAUGCAAGAAGAAGGAGAAAAGUAUUGCUGUUCCUGUAGUGGCAUCAGUUGCUUCAGUUUUCAUCUUAGCAGCUGCAGUAGCAGUCAUUUUACGAUACCGCAUUCUACGUUCAGUAUCAGAGACUGGUGAAGCUAAACUAAGCCAUGAAUCAAAUGAGCCAAUGGAGUUAAAGAAUAAACAGUUCACAUAUUCUGAAGUUCUCAAAAUCACAAAUAACUUUGAAAAGGUUCUUGGCAAGGGAGGAUUUGGAACAGUCUACUAUGGAACCUUAGCUGAUGGUACUCAGGUAGCUGUAAAGAUUCUUUCUCAAUCCUCAGUUCAAGGAUAUAAGGAGUUCUUGGCAGAGGUCAAACUUCUUAUGAGAGUUCAUCAUAGGAACUUGACUACCCUUGUUGGAUGCUGCAUUGAGGGCACCAACAUGGGGCUCAUUUACGAGUACAUGGCCAAUGGAAACUUAGAAGAUUAUCUCUCAGGUAGCAACCUGAAUACCUUAAGCUGGGAGGCAAGACUUCGGAUAGCCCUGGAGGCGGGACAAGGACUGGAGUAUCUGCACGGCGGUUGUAAGCUGCCAAUUGUGCAUAGAGACGUGAAGACAACAAACAUUUUGUUAAAUGAUAAAUUCCAAGCCAAAAUAUCUGAUUUUGGUCUGUCAAGAAUUUUCCCAGCUGACGGUGGUACACAUGUGUCAACUAUUGUUGCGGGCACCCCAGGUUACCUUGACCCCGAGUAUUACGUAACUAACUGGUUAACCGACAAAAGUGAUGUGUAUAGCUUUGGAGUAGUUCUUUUGGAGAUCAUUACAUGCAGACCGGUGAUAGCUCAAAAUAGAAACCACGAAAAUUCUCAUAUAAGUCAAUGGGUUAGCUCCAUGAUUGAAAAUGGAGAUGUUAAUAGCAUUGCCGAUCCGAGGUUAAAUGGAGAGUACGAGGUUAAUUCUGUAUGGAAAAUUGUGGAAUUAGCAAUGGAAUGUCUUUCUACAACUUCCGCUAGAAGACCAACGAUGAAUCAAGUGGUGAUUGAAUUGAAUGAGUGUUUAAAGACAGAGAUGGCUCGAACAAGGGAGGGGCAAAGCACUCAAUCAUACUACUCUAUUGAACUGGUCACUGUGAAUGUGGACACUGAAUCAUCUCCUCUUGCAAGAUAGUUUCUUGGUCUUAAGACCCUUAAGAUUUCUACUUUAUGCUACCCACAUGGAAUUUCUUUAAGAUUCCUUUUUUCUUUUUUCUAUUUUUCCUUUUUUUUCUGGCUAGUUGUUGUAAAUUGUAAUAUAUUUGAUCAUGCGUUCAAUUCUACAAGUGCAAGAGAUGGCUACUUUAUGAAUAUCUCUACGUUUGAAUUUUAAUUACAUAACAUUAUUCAUUUGAA